AUGUCGCACCCACCAACGGCUGAUGGCGAUCAAAGUAAAAAUCUCCCGUCUGGUGUUUCCCUUUCCAUAGCCGACCGGGAUGAGUUUUUUGGCCACGUCGGGAACUUGUGUUACCGCAAAAGUGGCGCUCCCGGUAAAUUGUGGGCUGGUGCUAGGAGCGAUGUGGGCGUUCCUCUGUUUAGUGGCGGAAAGUUCGCCUUCCAGAUUCUGGUGAUGACGCCAGGGUCAAUCCGGUUGGGUUGGUCCGUUGGCGGUGGCAGUUUGGAGCUAGGCAUGGACGAAUGGGGGUUCGGGUUCGGAGGGACCGGAAAGAAGUCGCACCGCGGUAAGUACCAAAAUUUUGGGCAAAAUUUCAGUACAGGUGACACGAUUUUAGCAGUGUUGGAUGCAGACAGACACGCGAUUCAGUUCCACAAGAACGGGAUCAUGUUGUCGAACACGGACGCCUUCUCGAUUCCGAAAAAAUUGUGGCAAGAGACCUUUUUUGCGCACGUGCUAGUCAAAGAAGCAACCUGCUGUGUGGAUUUUGCACCAGUGGCAACAAGUGUUGCGUCUUCGGUUAGAAGAUUUCCGCUGCCAUCAACGGGAGUACGCUGGCUCUCUGAUUUGGGCCCUUCAAAGUUCGUCACUUCGCGGCCAGAUUUCACCUAUGGCUACCAUAACGACUGUCGCGAUGUGGCGGGACUGAUUGCUCAGACACAAACCCCUGGCGAAGCAACAACAACGAAUACGAAGCCGUAUUUCAAUCCUGUGACACGCACCCUCGAUACAGGUGUUCCAGGGGCAACACAAAUAGUCCAAGCUCCCUGGAAAGGUGCGAAAGAGGCCUAUGUGACACACUUCCGGGACCUCUUGAACUAUGAACAUGCAGCUGCGAAAGAGCAAACGCAAAACAGAGUUCGGCGACCCCUGAGCAGUCUCCAGCAUGAUGGAUAUGGCGUCGGAGAGUUGGUCUUGGAAAGUGGACUGGCAGCUAGAACAGCAGGUGGCGGUGGCGCGUCUUCAGGAAAUGAAUUAAUAUUUUCAGGAAUAAAGCUACAGGGUGGCUCGUCCUGCUCAAGUGCAGCUUCAAGAACAAAGAUCCAAGAGUCGGGCAUUCUUCACCUGCACCAUCGUUCACGACCCUUUUUUCCGCACUUGUCUGAGGUCCAUGUCGGACGCGAAGUGAUGUUAAGUGCGACCGACGUGACACCGAAUCCUGACGAUCCACGCACUACGAUCUUCGCCGACGUCGUAAAAUGGACGGGGGACAAAAAAUGCAUCGUCCUGCAGACCAGCUUCUCUUAGGGCUCAGAAUAAUUCAUCUUCAUAGAGUACUUGUCUCAGAUUCCCCUUGGGAUUCUGAGACUAUGUUGAGUAUGAAUCAAUUAUGACCAGCACCUCCAAUUCUCGAAUCUGCCAGAAGGGGCUACGACGUUUAGGCUCGACCUGUCAUUUUCUGUGGCCACCUUCAAACGGAUGGAUGAAAUUCUAGACACCAUCCAGCGUGACGGGGGAUCGUCGAAAACACAGCAAAAAAACGACAAAUUUCGGAUGGGGUUGUUGCUGUCCGGGACACCGCUUGCGUCAGCAGUAUUUUAUGGAUCAACAAGUACAUCACGGUAUCACUAGAAGCUAGUAGUGCAGUACAUAUAAAUGAUGAAAAUUUUCCUACUACUUUUACAGGACGAUAUCUUCCUGUCACGAUCUAGUAUCAAAGGAAAGUCAAGAAACUCAAACUCAAAAUGGUUAACGAGACAACACUGAUCGAUAAAGAUGGCCUUUACCUUUCCAACCUGCCGCAGAUAUCGCUGAGUCUAGUGCAGCAGCUCUGCGCUGGGAUCCGCAACAGCGUCAAGCUCCCAGUCGGUCCGCUGACAUCAGCGUGGCCAGCCGCGCUGCCCCGAUUGUGAAAAACGUUUGCGGUGGCGACGCGGAACUACAGGAAGAGGAAGUGAAGUUAACAAAUAAAAGUCGUGGCAACUACUACUACUACUCGAACUCUUCCUAUAAGCCAAAAUCCGAAUGCUUCUUUUACGAUCAACUACGUGACUCGUCCCAGGGGGCAGCGUCAGCUCAGUUCUUGAAUGUGUUGCGGAAGUCUCUGAACCCGUCACAACAACUAGCAGUGCAGCUAGCACAGGAACGGAGGCUAAGCUUCGUGCAAGGUCCGCCGGGGACUGGAAAGACAUUCACAGCAGCGGCGAUCGCAGUGGAGUGGCUGAAGGCUGGGAAAGGGCCAAUCCUGUGCACCGCAUUUUCGAACAAAGGCACGGACAAUCUUGGCGAGGUCCUCUUUAAAAAAUUUGGUGUCAAUGUGGUGCGCGUGGGGUUAUCGCAAGUGGAUUUUUCUUAUGUCUGGACUAAUCUCGUUAUAUAUAUGUAUAUCGAUUUAGCGAUACCGAUAACGACGAUGAGAAUGAGAUCUUACCCUUGAGUCAGGAUCAGGUUAGACUUAGAGAAGUUUUGCGAGUACUUAUGAAAGUAGAUGACCAUGACUGACGGGAUCAUGAUAAGAUAGUCAAUUCCAUCUACCUGCUAGCUCAUGUUGCGUCUUUCAUCUCGAUCUCUAAUUCCCUCUUGACAAGCUCGUCGCUGAGUAUGGCGGUGACUUGAACUCAACUGUUCGCGAGUGGGCGGACGUUGUCUGUGCGACCUGUAUCGGUGCUGGGAUGAAGCUCAUGAGACGGCUCCAUUUUCCAUAUGUCAUCAUUGACGAGGCUGCGCAGGUGAUUGAGCCCGCUUGCUUAAUUCCUCUGUCGCGCGGUUGCGUGCAGGCGGUCUUAGUCGGGGAUCAGUGCCAGCUGCCGCCGACAGUGAUCAGUGACGAGGCGACGCGAAGAGGGCUGGGCGUCAGUCUGUUCGACCGGCUCCUGCACAGCGGGAUGGAGGUCACAAUGUUGGACACCCAAUACCGCAUGGCGCCUUCGAUCGCUAGCUUCUCCAGUGCGCGGUUCUACCACGGAAAGUUACAGAAUGCGGCUGACAUGAGCAGGAGGAGGCAAGGAAUCGAUAUAAUUAGUACUUCGACAUUUGAUAUGAACAUGCAUGGUAGCGGUAGGCAUGGCCAUGCUACUGCUGGUCGUGCAGGAACCGCGGGAUCACUCAGCAAGAACGGUGCGCCAAAUAAGAUGAAUGUGAAUCUGAUGUUCCUACACGUGGAUGCGCCAGAGAGCUGCUCAUCAUCGUCAAAGCAUAACGAGGAAGAAGCAGUUGCGGCAUCUUGGGUCGUGGAGCAGCUCUUGAAGAUGAAAAAUCCUGGUAGUCGUAGUGGUACAAAGGAUAACAAUGAUACUGCUCUUUCGAUCGGCGUAAUUUCUCCUUAUGCGGCGCAGGUCGGAAAGAUUAGGAGACAACUCGGCGAAGAAGGCGGGAAUUCUUCCAGCAACGUUCAAGUGAGCUCAGUCGAUGCUUUUCAGGGCAGCGAGAAGGACGCCAUCGUUUUGUCCCUUGUGCGAAGCAAUCCAAGCGGCAACCUGGGGUUUCUGCGUGACUGGCGACGCCUUAACGUCGCACUGACACGAAGCAGACGAUUUUGCUGCGUAAUCGGCAACCUUGAGACUUUAGCAACGAAUCCUUGUUCGAUAACACGAGAAAUUCUUGAAUUUCACUGGUUUCGAGCGCAUUCUUACGAGGAUCCUAGCACAUCAGUGGGAGAGCGUGACGGUUCACCGGCGUUGAGUGUUGACUUUUACGAAUGGAAAAACAGAAUCGGCACAACUGGUAGCUCCUCCACUUCUGCGAUUGAGCGCUUAGACGGCGAAACUAGUUUCUUGGCCCGUUUACUGGGUCCGCAGAGUUUGGGAGCGGGAAGAAGAACUGGUGCGUUGAUCAAGCUCGCGCAUAGUGUAACCGAAAGCCGUCUUGAAUUUGACGACAACGAUAAUCUUUGGACUGCUCCUGAUGUGCCAAAGGCCAACAAGGGAGGCUGGAACAUACCUUCUUCCACUAGCGCUAGCAGUGGUGGUAGCGUCAAUAAACGAGCCAGAGCGCAAUCGGGGGAUGCGGAUACGGCUCCAGCUGAUCGUACAACUGGCCUUGUCGGGGUAGUUGGAAACGGAUCCUCACGAGCUGAACAAGAAGAAGACGGGAGCUCUGGCUCCUGGUCUACUGCGGGAGCUCCUGGUGGCUUACCUGCGCUAGCUCCUGGGAGCUCCUCGUCCACUGCGGGAGCUCCUGGUGGCUUACCUGCCGCCUGGGGUACUGCGCCACUCGUGGCAGCUACCGAGGACCUGUGUGGAGCAUGGCCUAUAGCAAAGGACAGCGGCAGCACGGAGGCAUGGCCCACUUCUGUUAGUAGCGAAGAGGUGGCUACCUCCGCUACAAAGAACGUUGCAGUUGUACUAGAUCAUGGGACAUUCUCAUUCUCCACUUCAACAAAUACAACUAGUACCGACGUGACUACAACUAAGAGCAGUGGCGACAUCGAUGCCCCCUGGCCUACCGCGUCUAGUAGCAAGAGUCCGUGGCCCACGGCUGCUCCGUGGCCGACGGCAAGCCCUGACUGCAAGCCUGCAGCUCCUACCAAUGGUCUAAUUUCAAAAGCCGCUGCGCCAGUUCGAGAUACCAAGCGAUGGAGACAAUAA